UUUAAUAUCACUUAUGCAGCUAUCUAUUCUUUACUUUUUAUUUGAACGACGCCAGCCUUUUACAGCCUUUUUGACACUCUCAAUUCGAAAUGCAAAGUGACUCUCAACAGCCAUGGCGCCGGAAGAACCAAAGGCAGCCAAACACAGCCACAGCCACGCACAGCAGCGCCGGAAAGCCCCUGACGCGGGCCAAGCGCAUCUCCCAGGCCAUAUCAAACCGCGACUUGACAACACUCAAACUGCUGGCACGCACCGGCGAUGGAUUCCAGACAAUACGGCUGCGACGCCGAGCAUGGCCACUACUGCUUAAUUUUAGAUCAUUGACCGAUGCCGGCAACCGCGCAGUACCGCAUCCAGACGAGGGCCAGCUGGCACUGGAUAUUCCGCGGACGGGCCUUCCACAGUCGCCCGAGUACAGGCGCGAUGCAUCAGCGGCGAAGCGGCGACAGGGGCAGUUGGGCGAGGUUGUGCGGGCGGUUCUGCGCAACUACCCAUGGCUAAGCUACUAUCAGGGCUUCCACGAGCUCUCCCUGACAUUCCUCAGCGUGUUUGGCAGCGAGAGACCAGCUAUUGAGGCCGCCAAAAUGGUAUCCCUAUUUCUCAUGCGCGACGCCAUGUCCAGCGACCUAGACCUGGUCCUCAAACAGCUAAACCUCCUCUACUCGCUGCUCGAAACAACAAGCCCCAAGCUCCACGCAUUGCUGACUGAGCUCGAUGUGCCCGCGUUCUUCGCCAUCAGCUGGGUGCUGACGUGGUUCGCGCAUGAUCUAGAUGAGUUCCAGGAUAUCUGCCGCAUCUACGACUUUCUCAUCACCAUGCCGCCAAUGCAAGUUAUCUACAUGGCAGCGGCAAUGCUCAAGCGCAACGAAGAGGACAUUCUCGCCUACGACAGGGACUUUGCCAUCAUUCAUACUGGGCUCGUCAAGCUUCCGGGCCGCAUUCGCAAUUGGCACGCGAUUAUCGAGGACUCAUAUUACAUGCAGAUUGAGUUUCCGCCGGCCAAGCUGCAACACAUGGGGCAGAUUAUUCUGCCCAAGUUGUCUGCCGUCAACACAUACGAGGCAACGUGGAGGCGGCUGGAUCCGGCGAGGCCGAUGGCGUUCGAGAGCCUGCUGCCUGCGGUCAGAAACGGGUGCCAUCCCUUGGCUGGCAAUGUUGAUUCGUCGGCCGAGGGCGGGAGGAUUAAUCGGAUGGCCGGGGUUAUUGACCUCACCAAUUCGGCUCAGAAGGCGCGCAACUUGGCGCUUCAACAUAAGUGGCCACUGAUGGUCGCCACCGUGGCUUCAGCGACUAUGCUCAUGUACGCAUGGAUGCUGAUGCAGCAGCUCCAGAUCCAUCCGUAGGCAGCACAGAUCAUUCUCAUUCUUUUUUCAUUGUUGUUGUUGUUGUGCGCAAACACAUAAAAGUAUAUCAGAUAUUUGAAU